CACCCUCCACCCCACCCCACAUUCCAAACAUGAGGACAAACGUGAACGCGGGCGCGCACGUGUUGUGGUCGUAAAUACGUCAGAGAAGCGCGCCGUCGUUCUUUCUUUCUCUCGUCCUGAAGAUGGCGGCAGGGACUCUGUACACGUACCCAGAGAACUGGCGGGCCUUCAAGGCCCAGAUUGCAGCUCAGUACAGCGGUGCUCGCCUCAAAGUUGCCACCAGCCCCCCUGCUUUCACCUUCGGGCAGACGAACCGUACUCCUGCCUUCCUCUCCAACUUCCCUCUGGGCAAGGUACCUGCCUACCAGGGAGAUGACGGCUUCUGUCUGUUUGAGAGUAAUGCCAUUGCUCACUUCUUGAGCAAUGAUGCUCUGCGUGGUGCCACUCCCCAGGCCGCAGCCCAGGUGCUGCAGUGGGUGAGCUUCGCUGACUCAGAGAUCAUCCCUCCAGCCAGCGCAUGGGUCUUCCCCACUCUGGGAAUCAUGCAGUUCAACAAGCAGGCCACAGAGCAGGCCAAGGAGGAUGUGAAGAGGGCCCUGACAGUGCUGAACCAACACCUGAACACCCGUACCUUCCUUGUGGGAGAGAGGGUCAGCCUUGCUGACAUCACUGUGGUCUGCUCCAUGCUCUGGCUCUACAAACAGGUCCUUGAGCCUUCUUUCCGUCAGCCAUACCCCAACGUGACUCGCUGGUUUGUCACCUGUGUGAACCAGCCCCAGUUCAAGGCUGUCCUCGGAGAGGUUAAGCUGUGUGAAAAGAUGGCCCAGUUUGAUGCCAAGAAAUUCGCUGAGAUGCAGCCCAAGAAAGAGACUCCCGCUAAGAAAGAGAAGGGAGGCAAAGAGGCAGCCAAGCCCCAGGAGAAAAAAGAGAAGAAAAAGGAAGAGAAGAAGCCAGCCCCAGAAGAGGAGAUGGACGACUGUGAUGCUGUUUUGGCUGCUGAGCCCAAAGCCAAGGACCCCUUUGCACACCUGCCAAAGAGCACAUUUGUCAUGGAUGAGUUCAAGAGGAAGUACUCCAACGAGGACACCCUGACAGUAGCCCUUCCCCACUUCUGGGAGCACUUUGACCGUGAGGGAUACUCCAUCUGGUACAGCCAGUACAAAUACCCCGAAGAGCUUACACUUACCUUCAAAAGCUGCAACCUUAUCACAGGUAUGUUCCAGCGCCUGGACAAACUUAGAAAGAAUGCCUUCGCCAGCGUCAUCUUAUUUGGCACCAACAACGACAGCAGCAUCUCUGGCAUCUGGAUCUUCAGAGGCCAGGACCUUGCCUUCACUCUGUCUGAAGACUGGCAGAUCGACUAUGAAUCAUAUGACUGGCGCAAGCUGGAUCCAGACAGCGAGGAGUGCAAGACCAUGGUAAAGGAGUACUUUGCCUGGGAGGGAGACUUCAAGCAUGUGGGUAAAGCUUUCAACCAGGGCAAGAUCUUCAAGUGAGAGGACACUGGGACAGUCUCAACAAAAGCACUCUGCGCUUCUGCUCUCCCAAAACUUAAAACCUAUGGACUUUCAGCCACCACGUGCUUACUUAACUGCAAGAAUGACAGUGUUUGAAGACGAGUGAAUUUUGUCUGUGGCCCCCAAACUGGUUUUCUGUUUGACCUGCAAAAAAUAAAGCAUUUUCCACAAUGCCA